AUGCCCCUAUUUAAUGACAAAGAGGAAAACUUUGCUCCGGAUGACGACUCAAAUGGUGAAGUGAUCCUUCAUACCGACGUUGGGCACAUUGUGUCACUCUUCACGCUUGGCGAGCCUGCAAGUGACGGCGAAAGCCUGCUUGCGAGCGGUAUUGGCGAGCGAUUGGUCAAUUUCCAGGUAUGCAAAACAGACCUCUCUGCCCGACGAACCUUAUUGGGGCUGAAUCAUUCAGUGCAUCCUGGUAUCUUUCAUUCUCGACCACUGUUGUAUCACCAAUGCUCUUCUAGUGGUGCACCAGAGCGUAUCGUCCUACAAUUCUCCCGAUGCUCAUUCUCGGGAUUUGGCGUACAGCCCAGGCAGGCCUCCUGGGAUCUCUCCAAGAAGAGGUGUUGGACACACUCCACUUUCCCACUGAAAUGUUUCAGAUCGCCAGGGUAUUCCAUAAAGGCGACAUACAGUUUAUAA